AAGGUAAUAUUUAUUAAAAAAAUAAUAUAAAAACCCUAAAACAUUUCAUCUUCCUUGCAUUGAUUCUUUGCAUCUGAUCUGAACCAAGAAGAAAAACCCAAAUCAGAUUUACUCAUAACCCCCCUCCCCAACUAUAAACAGUUAUAAUUAUUUUAAACGCAAGAUUGUUCUUCGAUUCGUUGAAUUUCGUUAAGUGAAGAUGGAAGACUGGGAGGAUGAGAUUCCACCUCUCCCUGCAAAGGAACAACUUAAAAGCAAAUGGGAUGAUGAAGAUAUUGAUGACUCUGAUAUCAAGGAAUCAUGGGAGGAUGAAGAUGAACCUGCUCCGCCUCCGCAACCUGUUGCAAAAGCUCCAGAAGAAAAGGCCCCAAAAAAGGCUGCAUCAAAAGCUACUGAAAAGAAAGGAAAAGCUGUUGAAGUAGCUAAAGAAGAGCCCCUUGAUCCAGUGGCUGAGAAACUUCGCCAACAAAGGCUUGUGGAAGAAGCCGAUUAUAAAUCAACUACUGAACUGUUUUCCAAGAAAGGUGAUGAUAAGACUCUUGAUAAUUUUAUUCCCAAAUCUGAAAGUGACUUUGUGGAGUAUGCUGAGCUUAUUUCUCACAAGCUUCGCCCAUAUGAGAAAAGUUAUCAUUAUAUUGCUCUACUCAAGGCUGUGAUGAGACUGUCAUUGACUUCUUUGAAAGCAGCUGAUGUCAAAGAUAUUGCAUCUUCGGUCACCGCAAUUGCAAAUGAGAAGCUAAAAGCAGAAAAAGAAGCCACAACUAAAAAGAAGACAGUUGGAAAGAAAAAGCAGCUCCAUGUUGAUAAACCAGAUGAUGAUUUGGUGGUUACUGCUUAUGAUGACAUUGAUGAUUACGACUUUAUGUGAUUCAUUUUUGGGCAAAUGCCACCCACCUUCAAGUGUUUGCAUUACGGAUCCUGGGGUUACCGCAACAACCAUAUAUAUGCGGAUCUGGCGGCUCUUCUCUUUUUUAAUUUUUCCCUUUUUUUCUUCUUCCAAUUCUUGGAGAAAUUUAGUUGUCUGAUGAAUAGUCUAUCCAUAAUAUGGAUGAUAGUGUUACAUGAAGAAAACCAUUAGAUUAAAACUUCCAGAAACAAGGUCUUCUAAGAUGGUUUUGGGCAGUUCCAGUUUGUUACCUUGAAAAAAAAUUCAAAUGUUGUUUUUUUUUGCCUGAGGUUGAGAACUGAUUCUAUUUGUAAGAAAAGAAAACACAAUUAUACUGUUUGUUUGUGCAUUAUGAGAACUAGUUGUUUGUCAUGUGAUUUAAUAA